AUGUCAUCUGCUUCACCUUUUGCACCUUCUCCCAACGAGAAAUUAAACCUAACAUCUUCUAUCAAAUUACAAGAUGGUACAAGUCAACCUAGAUUCGGAAUUGGUGCAUGGGAUAUGCGUGGAAAUGAAUGUUAUACGGCUUUAAGGCAUGCAUUCGAAAAAGUAGGAUAUAGAAGUGUUGAUACAGCACGUUAUUACAGAAAUGAAGAACAAGUUGGACGUGCAAUACGUGAUACGAUCAAACAAACUUCAAUAGAACGUAAAGAUAUUUAUGCAACGACUAAGCUCUUCACAAAUGAUAUGGGUGGUGGAGAACGUAGUAAAUCAGCUUAUCAGGAUUCUUUGAGUAAAUCAGGUUUGGAUUAUUGGGAUUUAGUACUUUUGCAUGCACCUGACGGUGGAAAGGAAUACCGAUUGAAUACUUGGAAAACGUUGUCAGAAUUCGUAAAGAGCGGUCAAAUUCGUUCUUUAGGAAUCAGUAAUUUCGGUGCUCAUCAUAUCGAAGAAUUAAUGUCAUCAGAAGUGGGAAAAGCGAUCAAACCGGUAGUUAAUCAAAUCGAAUGUCAUCCUUUCUUUGCACAAAAAGAAGUUCGUAAAGCAUCAGAGAAACAUGGAAUCGUAGUUCAAGCUUAUUGUCCACUUGCACGUGGACGGUAUUAUGGUGAUAAAACUUUGGUAGAUGUGGCAAAACGAAAUGAUAAAUCUGAAGCUCAGAUCAUGUUACGUUGGUUGAUUCAACAUGGUAUCAUUCCUUUACCCAAAUCUAGCAACGAGAAACGCCAAUUGGAAAACGCUCAAAGUUUGGAGUUCACACUUUCAGAUGAAGACAUGAAACUCUUGGACUCUUUGGAUCGCGGUAAACGAGGUGCUGUCGAAUCACAAACGAUGAGUCAAGAUGCACCAUAA